CCCAGCACUCAUGGCAGGUGUUGACACUCAUGGCAGGUGUUGACUGCGAUUGGUGUAACCUGGUCAGUUGUUGGGUUCACCGCCCAAUUCAUAGGGAUCAAAGGACUCCCCUGGCCAGUCGCCGUCUCCCAUCUUCUUGCUCUGUGUCUCAUGGCCAUUGUCAGGGGCUAUAUACGCCGCUGGCAAGGUAUGGUUGACUUGGCGUAUGAAGCUACCCCAGAAUACGAAUUGGACUUCUUAGCCAUCAAUUUGUGUCGACACAAAUCAUUUCGCGAGUUUGCUUUCGAAGGCCGGGCAGAUGGGUUCCCAGCCAUUUCUCGAGAGCAAACAUACCAGUGGCGAAUUGCAACCGCUUCUUCACAAGACCAUAAACCUUUCUGGGUACAGUCCAGACCAGACUCGGAUUCGUCUACCAGACUGGAGCAGGAUAUCGACAGUGACCAGCUACUUCGAGUUCGGGCACGCCUCUCGACGUUAUAUCCACGCAACACCAAGAUAUCGGCUGCAGCCUCAGCUUUGGCGCGGUCAAUUGAGCUGUUCAUGGCGACCUUCUCAAGUCAUCUGGAAACAUGUCCUAGUGAACCCGGUCAAAGCUUGUUCAUUCCUUGGAGGCUUCAAGUCACCACCUCCUUCGUUAAGGGUGGCAGCAAAUCUGCGCAUAUUGAAAUUGAGAUCCGCCGCGCACUUUACUCGGAACCCAAAAAUAAGAAUGACAGUGAGAGACGAACAUUGGGGACCAAAUUGGAAGCCAUUUUAUCGCUGUGGAUAUCCUCGAUUGUUGAGAAUUCCUUGGAAGGGCGUUUAUCUGCCGAACUGCGUCGAAAAUCCUGGGAAAGCAAACUACCUCUAGGCAUUCCUGGCGCGGAGGAACCCCUCGUUCAGCACUCAGCGUCUACCUCUAGCGACCGAACAGAAUUCUGCCGAAUUUUAGGAAUGGAUUGCCGUUAAAAUACCUUGGCCCGGGAUAUCUCAUGGUGGAUUGACGAGCACUUGGCUGAGGGGAGUGGAAAUGGGUCCCAGAAGGACGA